AUGACUUCACUUUCAAAUCCAUCAAAUAACAUUUUGACAGCUGCCAUGAAUAAUUCAACAACUACUUACCAUCAACAAGGACAUGUUUCUGCAGAACAAGCCCUCCUUUCCAUGAUUAGUAAUCCAAACUCCUCCCUUUCAUUCUCCAAUCCAAAUUCCAAUAAUUCCUUCUUACUUUCCAAUAACUUUAAUCCUCAACAACAACAACAAAUCUUGAAUUCCUCAGCCAAUUCUCAACAGAUUAUGAAUCCACAACAAGAAUAUAUGAAACACAUUCUAAUGAGAAUUGAUCAAUCUCUUGAUAUGGUCUCUCAAAAUCUGUUCAGAGAUUUGGACAGUUUCUACAUGAUGCAACAUCAAGAAUUUAAUCAUAAAAAGAGAAAGUUUUCAGAAUAUGAAGAAGCUACUGAUUACAAUCAUGGUAUUGGUGCUGAGUUGAUUGAAGAAGGUGCAGAGGGAGUUGGUUGUAACAAUUCGUCCAAUUUCGUCCAAAAAUCAGCAGUUCAACAAGAACUUGACAAUGAAUCCAUUGAAUUACAACAAUUAACUGAUUGGAUUCAAAAUAAGAAGAGAAAGAAGAAUACCUCUCAAGGAAAAAAGGAAAUUUUGAAAGAAUUCUUAAUGCUCAAUAAGAAUAAUCCAUAUCCAUCCGAAAGACAGAAAGAAAUUUUCAUGAAGGAACUUGAUUACGAUAAGAAACAACUUAACAAUUGGUUUAUCAAUGCUAGAAAGAGAUAUUUACGAAAGAAGGUUGCCUAUACUCCACCAGAUAUUAGAAACAAGAAUGAAUUUGAUUCAAUUUUGGAAAAUAAGGUUAGACAAUCAAUGAAUCACAAUGGAGAGGAAGAUGAUGAGCAGAAUUUACCACUUCUCAACUAG